AAUCGUCUCAUCAUCACGAGUCGCCUGCGAAACAACAGCGAAAAGAAAAGCAAAGCUUGGAGAGAGCUUCACUUCACGUCUUCACCUUCCUCUGCUCCCGGAGAGCCUCUCCCUCUCCUCUCCUCUCGCCUCGGCCUCCUCUCUCUCUCUCUCUCUCUCUCUCUCUCUCUCUCUCUCUCUCUCUCUCUCAUCACCGCCUCCCCACGCCAACCCGCGCGACGCACGCGGCAUACCAAGAAACCGCGCGGCGCGCGCUUCCCGGGGGGGCGCCUGCCUUCGAUGGAGGUCGCGGCCGCGGAGGACGCGCUGGAGGAGAGCGGCGUGGCGGUGUACCUCCCCAGGCUUCUCGCCGGCGUCAUCUCCGGCGCUCUCACCGGCCUCUUCGCUCUCGCUGGGGCCUUGACCGGAGCGGUGACCGGCGCGCUGGCCGGAAGGGCUUCAGACAGCGGCGUGCUCCGGGGAGCUGGAUUGGGGGCGUUCGCCGGAGCUGUGCUCUCCAUUGAGGUCCUCGAGGCUUCUCGUGCUUAUUGGUGCUCGGACCGGCUGGGCUCUCAUGGCACAUCCUCCAUGGCAGAUUUCAUAGAGCAGCUCCUCCAAGCGCGGUUUGUGCAAGAGCAAAUUGUACCUUCAGGAUAUGCAACGCAUCGUUGGCAGGUCAGCAUUUCAGAUUUUGGUCAUGAUGAUCUGUAUGAUAUUUUUGGAGAUUGUUCAUCCAAAGGGCUUUCACGGGAGUCACUGAAUAAAUUACCACACUAUGUGGUCACUGACCAAACACGGAACUCGUUUGGUGAAGACCUCUCUUGCACUAUCUGCCUGCAGGUACAUUUAUCAAAAUUAGCUUUAUGUUGUCGACAAACCUGCCUGGCUGCCUUGCACAAUUUUGCACAUGGUUUAGGUUCAACAACGAUAAUAAAAGCAAAACAACAUCCAUUUCAUGAUUGCAGACAAUAUAGUGAAUGUUUAGUUAGCAUAUUUGAGCUUUCUCCUUUUUGGCAAAGUUUGUUAAGAAAAUCAAGAUCACCAGUGAUUUGAAAAUUGGUGAUAGCAUACCACUACAAGUCUCCAUCUGGUUGUUAGUGAUGGCUGAUCACAUAUAGUAGUAACUGUUCUAAACAUAAUUGCCAAGGGGGUAAAUGGGAAGACAUCUUCAAAUUAUUCAUGAAAUUCUUUUGACCUUCUUCAUAGAACGUUUUAAACCUAACUCGUCCUGACCAUUGAAUACGGUCUAUUACUUGAUCAAUGAUUUCCAACCAGAAACCAAAGCUUUUCCCGACCUUGUUGAACCAGGAAAUGCGGCCCAUUUUUUAGAUUGAUAAAUGAAACAUUCAAGUACAUAUAUAUAGCUGGAUAGUAGAUAUGACAUGAUUGUUAUGGUGUGAUAUGUAGAGCAGGGAGAUGCAACGACCUCCGUUUUUAUGUUCCCCUUUUGUGGCAACUUGCAUACCAAAUUAUGCCUGCUACUAAAUGCAAUGUGGUUAGGAUUUGCUUUGCAACUUGCUCACUCCCUACACACACUCAAUGUCACUGCUUAAUUA